AUGUCUGCCGCCGACGUCUACUCGCCCGCGGUGCGGGAUGGAGCCUACAUCAAGGACAAGGCGCAGUACGAUGCCAUGUACCAGCGCAGCGUGGAGGACCCCAACGGCAAGCAGGGCGUCCUGGGGCGGCAGCUCGUGGCACCGGAGCGGGGCAGGGUGUACAGCGAGUGGUUCAAGGGCGGGCGCACCAACAUGUCCUACAACUGCCUGGACCGGCACGUGGCUGCCGAGCACGGCGACCAGACCUGCUUCCUGUUUGAGGGCAACGAGCCGGGGCGGGACGGCGCCAUGACGUACAAACAAGUGCUGGACGAGGUCUGCCGCGUGGCCAACUGGCUGCGCGGGCAGGGCGUGCGGAAGGGCGACUUUGUGUGCAUCUACAUGCCCAUGAUUUGUGAGCUCCCAAUCGCCAUGCUGGCGUGCGCCCGCAUCGGCGCCAUCCACGCCGUCGUGUUUGGCGGCUUCUCAGCCGAGGCGCUGGCGGGCCGCAUUGAGGGCUGCCACGCCAAGGUGCUCAUCACCUGUUCCGCCGUCAUGCGCGGCCCCAAGCCCGUGGGCCUCAAAUCGAUCGCCGACGAAGGCCUGCGCCUGGCGGGGGAGCGCGGCCACAGCGUGCCGCACGUGCUGGUGUUUCAGAACGACGACGCCGGGCGGCGGGAGGAUGUGGGGAUGGAGGCGGCGCGCGACGUGUUCUGGCAGGACGCCAUCCCGGCGCAGCCGCCGCAGGCGGAGGUGGAGUGGGUGGAGGCGGAGCACCCCCUCUUCCUGCUCUUCACCUCGGGCUCCACUGGCAAGCCCAAAGGGGUGGUGCACGCCACGGGCGGCCUCAUGGUCUACGCCGGCAUCACCACCAAGUAUGUGUUUGCGGUGCACCCUGGGGACACCUUCUGGUGCACAGCAGACUGCGGCUGGGUGACGGGGCACUCCUACGUCACCUACGGGCCCCUGCUGGAGCGCGCGACCUGCGUGGUGUUUGAGGGCGUGCCCACCUACCCCACCCCCUCGCGCUGCUGGGAGGUGGUGGACAAGCUCAAGGUCAAGCAGUUCUACACCGCGCCCACGCUCAUCCGCUCGCUCAUGCGCUUUGGCGACGAGCCGGUCAAGGCGUACGAGCGCUCCAGCCUGCGCAUACUGGGGUCGGUGGUGGGUGACGGCGCCUGCCCAGUGGUGGACACCUGGUGGCAGACCGAGACGGGCGGCCACAUGAUCGUCAACCUUCCCACGGCCUGGCCCGAGAAGCCCGGCAGCGCCACCUUCCCCUUCUUUGGUGUGGUGCCCGUGGUGUGCGACGAGAAGGGCAACGAGCUGCAGGGCGAGUGCGAGGGCAUCCUGUGCAUCAAGAGCUCCUGGCCCUCUGCCAUCCGCGGCGUGUUUGGUGACCAGAAGCGGUUUGAGGAGACGUACUACCAGCCCUUCCCCGGCUACUACUUCUCAGGAGACGGAGUGCGCAGGGAUGCGGAUGGGUACUUCUGGAUCACAGGGCGCGUGGACGAUGUGAUCAACGUGAGCGGGCACCGCAUCGGCACGGCGGAGGUGGAAAGCGCGCUGGUGGGGCACCACGGCGUGGCGGAGGCGGCGGUGGUGGGCUACAGCCACCCCAUCAAGGGCCAGGGCAUCUGGGCCUAUGUCACCCUGGUAGAGGGGGUGGAGUACAGCGACGGGCUGAAGAAGGAGCUGGUGGCGGCAGUGCGGUCGGAGAUCGGGCCCUUUGCUGCCCCGGACGUCAUCCACUGGGCCCCCGGCCUGCCCAAGACUCGCUCAGGCAAGAUCAUGCGGCGGGUGCUGCGCAAGAUUGCGGCCAACAAGGAGCACGAGCUGGGGGACACCUCCACCCUGGCAGACCCGGGCGUGGUGCAGACCCUGAUUGAGAUGCGCGGCAAGUAGAGAGCGGGCCCGGACCAGGCUCCUGGGCUUCCCCACCAGACCGUGAAUGAACGACGGCCACUUUUCAACCCCUGCUGCCACGCCUGUCGCCUAGUGUCAGCAGAACCUCACCAACAGCAUCAUCUUGUGAGCCGG